UUGUAGCACAAGAAAAGAACACAGUGAUUGCCCAGUUGCUUAUAUUCUUUUCCAUUAUUAUUACUUUUCCCGCUCCCUCUGCACUCUCCAUUUUGAUGCCUAAACAAUCUUUUAAGUUUUCUAUUUCUCCUUUCUACUUCCAAGAAAAGUUCUAACAACAUGAAUCCAAACUCAAACUCAAACUCAAGAACUCCAACUAAAACUCCACUUCAUCUCUCUAAUAAUAAACCCCUUCAUCUUAAUCCUCAACAAAAGUAUUCUGUCUCACAGUUUCAACUGCAAAAUUAGGACAAGAGAGUGGAAAUGCAGGGGACUCACCGCAAUGUCGUUGCGAGUAGGAGGGCAUCAAGUAGGGAAAGAAAGCUGGCCUUGCUUCAAGAUGUUGAUAAUCUUAAGAGGAAGUUGAGACAUGAGGAAAAUGUACACAGAGCAUUGGAGAGGGCUUUUAGUAGGCCUUUGGGAGCUUUACCUCGUCUUCCUCCUUAUCUCCCUCAGCAUACAUUAGAACUUCUUGCUGAAGUAGCUGUACUGGAGGAAGAGGUUGUUCGGCUAGAAGAACAAGUUGUAGAUUUCAGACAGGGUCUCUACCAAGAAGCUCUUUACACCUCCUCCAGAAAGAGUACAGAGAAGCCUACUACUGUUGCCUCGAUGACCAGUUCUAGAGGAAAGCACAGUAGAUCCUUUUCACAGAGUGAAGUCAAUGUUGAAACUUCUCCCCCGACAAAGCCUUCACCAUCUACUUCGAGGACUACUACGAGGAGGAGACUGUUGUCAUCUGACCCUGUAUGUGGUCAAGACGAGCAUUCCUCUGAUAGACACACAAGUGAUAAACAAUGUUUACAGAAGCUUGACACCUCUUUGGAAGAUGGGUUAGGAAAAGAGAAUCAAUUGUGCACAAACAGUACAAAGGUUAAGCAAUAUCUGGGAAAUGAAAGUGCAAUAGCCAGAACACCAGCGAAGAGGCCUCCAAACAAACCUAAAUCAUCUGAAAAAACUGUUGAUUUUCAGAAGCAGGAGUGCAUAGCAGUGGAGCAGGAAAUAGCACAAGAGAGCUCUUCUGGUUCUUCAGAGAGGAAUUUGGAAACUGAAAGUAGUACAGCAAACAAAAUAUCUGAGGAUGUUGUUAAGUGCUUGUCUAGCAUAUUUCUGAGGUUAAGUAAGUCUAAGGGUAAAACAAUGGAAUCAGAACUGUUGUCGUCUGUAAUUGCUUUGGCUUUUGAGGGUGAUAAUAAGUUCCGGGAUCCGUAUGGUAUCUUCUCUGAAUCAAGAAGAGAUAUUGGCCCAUAUAAAGAUGUUUCUGUCAUUGAAGCUUGCUCCAUAGACCUGAAACGGAAAACAAAUGCUGCAUUUCUCAUCAACAGACUAAAGAUCCUCCUUGGCAAGCUCGCCUCUGUCAACUUAGAGGGUCUAAACCAUCAGCAGAAGCUUGCUUUCUGGAUUAAUACCUAUAAUUCAUGCAUGAUGAAUGCAUUUUUGGAGCAUGGGAUACCUAGAAGUCCUGAAAUGGUUGUAGCACUGAUGCAAAAGGCAACGCUUACAGUUGGAGGACAUCUGCUAAAUGCAAUCACAAUUGAGCACUUCAUCUUGAGGCUACCUUAUCACUUGAAAUAUAAUUCUGCAAAAUCAGAAAGAAAUGAUGAGAUGAAGGCACGCAGCAUUUUUGGAUUUGAUUGGUCUGAGCCCUUGGUCACAUUUGCCCUCUCUUGUGGGAGUUGGUCAUCUCCUGCUGUGAGAGUCUACACUGCAUCCCAAGUUGACAAGGAGUUGGAAAUAGCGAAGAGAGAUUACUUGCAGGCAGCUGUUGGAAUAUCAACAAAGAAUAAGAUAAUAAUCCCUAAGGUUUUGGAUUGGUAUCUCCUUGACUUUGCGAAAGACUUGGAAUCCAUGCUGGAUUGGGUAUGCCUCCAGCUACCUGAUGAUGUCAGGAAUGAAACAGUUAAAUGUCUCGAGAGAAAAGGGAGAGAGCCUCUUUCGCAAUUGGUCCAAGUAACACCGUAUGACUUCAGCUUCAGGUACCUUAUACACCGAUGAGAGUCGUCAUAUGAUCGAGAACCUUCAGGCUGCAGGGUUCUCUGGACUGGGGGAUGACAGGUCUGUUUUGCUGAGAAACAAAUAAGUGUAUAUAUACUUGAUGUGGUCCAUCUAGGAUAUGCAGGUUGAAACAAACUUCUCCUGCAAAUAAGUUUGGGGUGUGGUGAUUGGUUCAUUCAGAUUGGGUUUAAGGGGGGAGAAUAUACAAUAACGAAAAUUUUGUUUCUCUGUUUUGAGUUUUCAGCGAGAGAUUGUUAGAACUGUAUUUGUGGUCACUGACUAUUUAGUUAGAUGUAUAACAACAUAAUGUCAUAAUGCGCCAUCUGAGAUGACUAAAGUGUUGAUCAGUUGUUGCAUCUUUUAUUACAUUAGCAGUUUUUUAAAUCUAA